AUGGCCAACUACGAGCUCGACUUUGGAGACGAUGGCAUGUCGGUACAGUUCCCUUAUCCUUCCGAUGUUGCUGUCGUCGGCCCAGGCGGCCAGACUCUCUGGCCGACUGACGGGUCCGGGGGCUCUCAUCCUGCUCCUACUACGACCCAGCCCCCGUCCCAGCCUCAUCCUCCUCCCGCACCAAAGAACCGCCUCUGGAUCUCCCAGGAAAUGACCGCUACCGAGUUCUUCCUCUUCUACUCGUGGUGGUUCGUCUGGCGCCCGUUCGAUAGGAGCUCGUGGUCUAUUUGCAAUGAGCCAAACGACUACCUGUGCCGGCAGGACGGCAAGGAUCUGGGCUGCGACUCGUCGGACCCCCCAGAUGGGGACGGGAACCCGGGCUUCCCAGACCGGGAAUACACCAUGACGGGCAACGAGGCACAGGGCUGCACGUACAAGGGCACAUAG